AUCGCCUGGAUCCUAGGUCGACGCUCAACCGCUGAGCCACACCUGGCCGGGCUAGCAUUUUAAUUUUCAGUAGGUGAAUUGGUUCUUGCUGUGUUUUUGGAAACACUAGUCCUGGUUGAUUUUUAUUUGUUUUGAACAUUUUAUCCCAUAUUCUUCCCCACUUUUCUCUACCCAAAGUCUAGACUCUUAAUUCCUUGAGGGCAGGGUCCAUGUCUUAAUCACUAUUUUCUCUUAGUGUCUGACAUACGAUUGGUCUUUAAAAAUGUAUACUGAUAGUUUGACACACAGAGAAGGUAGGUGGAUGGGAGGGUGGGUAACCGAUUGGAAAAGACUAUUUGGUGAUUCACCUGAUUCUCUCCCCACAGUUUUCCCUUUACUUAGAGAAAAACUCUGCAAUGUGGGCAGAGUGCCCAGAGUGUGGCAGAGAGAGCAUCUUACCCUGACACCCUUCUUUUCACUCCCAUCUUUUGGAGACAGAAAGAACUUCAGGAACAGGGGGAGAUCAGAGUCGUCCAGCUCGGCUUCGACCUGGAUGCCCAUGGGAUUAUUCUCACCGAGGACUACAGGGCCAGAGUCCUCAAGGCCUGCACUGGCCGACCUUAUGCUGGGGCUGUGCAGAAGUUUCUGACUUUGGUGCUUCCAGCCUGUGGGGACCUUAGCUUUCAGCAGCACCAAAUGACACAGACCUUUGGCUUCAGGGACACAGAGAUCACGUGAGAUUUGGGGGACCAGUCAGAGCAGCCGCCUGGCACCCCCGCCUCCCACCCAGCUUUGUCCUUUUCCUUUGGCUGAACCUGCCCAAAAGGCAGCUGGUAAACUCCGGAGUCCUCACUGUCCGAGAUGCUGGGAGUUGGUGGCUGGCCGUGCCUGGAGCUGGGAGAUUCAUUAAAUGUUUUGUUAAAGGGCGCCAGUCUGUCCUUGGCAUGGUCCGGAAGGCCAAGUACCGGGAGCUACUCCUAUCGGAGCUCCUGGGCCGGCAGGCGCCUGCCUCGGUGAGACUCGGCCUUGCCUACCAUGUGCACGACCUCAUUGGGGCCCAGUUGGUGGACUGUGUCUCUACCACUUCUGGAACCCUUCUGCGCCUGCCAGAGACGUGAGGAUUCUAUUCACCAUGGCAGACCGCCCCAGAGCGGAGCAAGGGGCCCAGGAGUGUUGCCUGGUGGUGGCUGAGGCAGGGUCACCUUGGGAAAGCUUGGGCCAGGAUGAUGACUGUUGGACUUGUGGGCGUACGAUGUCAGACGUGACUGCUGCUGUUGACCUGGGCUCCUAGCCAGUGGUGGGGUUCAGGCCAUGCUGCUUUGUCCUGUGGAAGUGGAGCCAGGAGUGGUGCCAAGGCCAUGACUGCCGCCUCUCCUGCAGCAAGGUGCUGCUGUUCCGUCUUGGGUUAGGAGGGUGUGGCUUCUGAGGAGGCUGGUGAGGGAGGGCAGGGGUUGAAACUGCCAAAUAAAGUACUUCUGCUGGUGCUCUUUCCUGGUGUCCUGUUGAAUGUGAUGAUGAAGCCACAGUUGGGCCUAAACUUGGCCUUGUUCAGAGAAGAAAAGCGUUGGGGUCCUUUCUCCCUAUGGGGUGGUGAGGGUGUGCCUCGUCUAAACCACGAGUUCCUGUCAGGGCCUGGGGAAAGCAAAGGCCUAAUGUAGUUCAGUGUUUGCGGGGUUACAGUGAGAGGCUAGUGUCUUAUCACCUUGUUUGUUGGCUUGGACAAAGGAUCCUAUUUCUCCAAGCAGGGCCUCUACCCAGGUAGACUGAGCUUGAACCCCCCCCCCCAACAUGCCCAGUAGGGGAGGUGCUCUGGCACUGGGAUGAGAGGGGUUAACGGGGGACAGGAUCUCUAGGGCAUGAUUUCUUCAGAGACCCAGGUGUCUGGGGUGUCCCCCCACCCCCAACACUGGGCCUGGGGCCAGUUGCAUUUCUUGGCUGUCACGUGGUUUCCCGGCUUAGCUGGGCCAGGGGAGGAGCAAGGUCCAGAGUCAACUCUGCUCCAAGUCUGAAUUUGACCAGAAAGGAGCAGACAGACAGAAGGGUCUGAUCCCGUUUGGGUCUUCCAGCCAUGAGGCUCCUCUGGGGGCUGAUGUGGGCAUCCAGCUUCUUUGCCUUGUCUCUGCAGAAACCCAGGUUGCUCCUGUUUUCUCCUUCCGUGGUUCACCUGGGGGCCCCCCUGUCAGUGGGGCUGCAGCUCCAGGAUGCUCCCCGGGGACAGGAAGUGAAAGGAUCAGUGUUCCUGAGAAACCCGUACCAUCUUCAGGUCUCCUGCUCCUCAAAGGUGGACUUCCUCCUCACCUCGGAAAAAGACUUCAUUCUCCUCAGCCUCCAGAUACUCCCGAAAGAUGCUGAGCGCUGUGGCCUCAAAAGCCUCCUUGGAGGCCCCCAGGUCCAGCUGGUGGCCAAGUCACCAUGGCUGAAGAGCACGCUGUCCAAGGAAGUAGACAUUCAGGGCAUCAACCUGCUCUUUUCCUCUCGCCGGGGACACCUUUUUCUGCAGACCGACCAGCCCAUUUAUAACCCUGGCCAGCGGGUACGGUACCGGGUCUUUGCUCUGGAUCAAAAGAUGCGCCCAUCCACGGACAGCCUUACGGUCACUGUGGAGAACUCUCACGGCCUCCGUGUGCGGAAGAGGCAGGUGUACGCUCCCUCAUCCAUCUUCCAGGAUGACUUUGUGAUCCCGGACAUCUCAGAGCCAGGGACUUGGAAGAUCUCAGCUAGAUUCUCAGAUGGCCUAGAAUCCAACAGAAGCACCCAGUUCGAGGUGAAGAAAUAUGUCCUUCCCAACUUUGAAGUAAAGAUCAUCCCUGGAGAGCCCUACAUCCUGACAGCACCUGGCAUUCUUGGUGACAUCCAGUUAGACAUCCAGGCCAGGUACAUCUAUGGGAAGCCAGUGCAAGGGGUGGCGUAUGUGCGCUUUGGGCUCCUGGAUGAGAAUGGUGACAAGACUUUCCUUCGGGGGCUGGAGACUCAGACCAAGCUGGCCGAGGGCCAGUGCCACAUCUCCCUCUCAGAGGCUGAGGUUCAGGGCGCCCUGGAGAAGCUUAGCAUCCACCUGCCUGACCUCCCAGGGCUGCGCCUCUAUGUGGCAGCUGCCGUCAUUGAAUCUCCAGGGGGAGAGAUGGAGGAGGCAGAGCUCACAUCCUGGCGUUUUGUGUCAUCUCCCUUCUCCUUGGAUCUGAGCCACACCAAGCGACACCUCGUGCCUGGGGCCCCCUUUCUGCUGCAGGCCCUGGUCCGAGACAUGUCAGGCUCCCCAGCCCCUGGCAUUCCUGUCAAAGUUGCUGCCACGUUCUCUCCUGUGUCUGCUUCUGAAGUGCGUGACUUUCAGCAGAACACAGACGGGAGUGGCCAAGCUGUUGUUCCCAUUGUCGUACCUCAGGCCGCCUCGGAAGUGCAGCUCUUGGUGUCUGCAGGCUCCCCCCAUCCAGCCACAGCCAAGCUCACUGUGAGAGCCCCACGCUCAGGAAGCUCCGGGUUUCUGUCCAUUGAACGGCUGGAUCCUCAACCCCCUCGAGUUGGGGACACUUUUAGCCUGAACCUGCGGGCCGUGGGCGUCAGUGAGGCCAGCUUCUCUCACUACUACUACCUGAUCCUGUCCCGGGGCCAGAUCAUGUCUGUGGGCCGAGAGCCCAGGAGCGCCCUGACCUCGGUUUCCGUGUUUGUGAACCACCACCUGGCACCCUCCUUCUACUUUGUGGCCUUCUACUAUCAUGGGGGUGUCCCAGUGGCCAACUCCCUGCGAGUGUUCGUCCAGGCCGGGACCUGUGAGGGCAAGCUGGAGCUGAGUGUGGACAGCCACAAGGACUACCGCCCUGGGGAGACAGUGAAGCUCCAGCUGCGCACAGAUUCUCUGGCCCAGGUGGCCCUGGGAGCUGUGGACACCGCUCUGUAUGCCGUGGGUGGCAGGUCCCACAAGCCCCUGGACAUGGGCAAGGUCUUCGAAGUCAUGAACAGCUAUGACCUCAGCUGUGGUCCUGGGGGCGGAGACAGUGCCCUGCAGGUGUUUGAGGCAGCUGGUCUGGCCUUUUCUGAUGGAAACCAGUGGACCUCAGUCAGAAAGAUCCUGCUCUCACCAGGUCUGAGUUGUCCCAAGGAGAAGAAAACCCGGAGAAAGCGAAGUGUGAACUUCCAGAAGGCAGUUAAUGAGAAGUUGGGCCAGUACACUUCCCCAGUAGCCAAGCGUUGCUGCCAGGAUGGGCUGACGCGGCUGCCCAUGAUCCUCUCCUGUGAGCAGCGAGCGGCCCGUGUGCCGCAGCUGGCCUGCCGGGAGCCCUUCCUGUCCUGCUGCCAGUUCGCUGAGGGCCUGCGCAAGAAGACCCGGGUCAGGGGCCAGGUUGGCCUUGCCCGAGCUCUGGAGAUCCUGCAGGAGGAGGACCUGAUAGACGAAGACGACAUUCCUGUGCGCAGCUUCUUCCCGGAGAACUGGCUCUGGAGAGUGGACCUCGUGGACCACUUCCUCCAAUUGCCAUUGAUGCUUCCUGACUCUCUGACCACAUGGGAGAUCCAUGGCGUGAGCCUGUCCAAAACAACAGGCCUGUGUGUGGCCACACCAGUGCGGCUCCGGGUGUUCCGGGAAUUUCACCUGCACCUCCGCCUGCCCAUCUCUGUUCGCCGCUUUGAGCAGCUUGAGCUACGGCCUGUCCUCUACAACUACCUGGAUAAGAACCUGACUAUGAGCGUCCACGUCUCCCCAGUAGAUGGGCUGUGCCUGGCUGGGGGUGGAGGGCUGGCCCAGCAGGUGCUGGUGCCUGCACACUCCGCCAGGCCUGUUGCCUUCUCUGUGGUGCCCACGGCGGCCGCUGCUGUGUCCCUGAAGGUGGUGGCUCGAGGGUCCUUGGAGUUCCCUGUAGGGGAUGCAGUGUCUAAGAUUCUACAAAUCGAGAAGGAAGGGGCCAUCCACAUGGAGGAGAUGGUCUAUGAACUCAACCCCCUGGACCACCGAGGCCGGACCUUGGAAAUUCCUGGCAGCUCUGAUCCCAAUAUUAUCCCUGAUGGAGAUCACAACAGCCUUGUCAGGGUCACAGCCUCAGAGCCACUGGACACUUUGGGCUCUGGGGGGGCCUUGUCACCAGGAGGUGUGGCCUCCCUCCUGAGGCUUCCGGUGGGCUGCGGGGAACAAACCAUGACCAUCUUGUCCCCAACACUGGCCGCUUCCCAAUACCUGGACAAGACAGAGCAAUGGAGCAAACUGCCCCCAGAGACCAAGGACCACGCUGUGGAUCUGAUCCAGAAAGGCUACAUGCGGAUACAGCAGUUCCGGAAAUCAGAUGGCUCCUAUGGGGCAUGGCUACAUCGGGAAAGUAGCACCUGGCUCACAGCGUUUGUGCUGAAGGUACUGAGUUUGGCCCAGGAACAGGUGGGCGACUCACCUGAAAAGCUGCAGGAGACAGCCACCUGGCUGCUGUCUCAGCAGCAGGCCGAUGGUUCAUUCCAGGACUCCUGUCCAGUUAUCCACAGGGGCAUGCAGGGGGGCUUGGUAGGAAAUGACGAGACCGUGGCCCUGACUGCCUUUGUGGUCAUCGCCCUUCACCAUGGGCUGGCCGUCUUCCAGGAUGAGAGUGCAGCGCAGCUGAAGCGGAGAGUGGAAACUUCCAUCUCAAAAGCAAACUCAUUUUUGGGGCCAAAAGCAAGUGCUGGGCUCCUGGGUGCCCAUGCAGCCGCCAUCACGGCCUACGCUCUGACACUGACCAAGGCCCCUGAGGACCUGCGGGAUGUGGCCCACAACAACCUCAUGGCCAUGGCCCAAGAGACAGGCGAUAGCCUGUACUGGGGCUCGGUCAUCACUUCUCAGAGCAAUGUCGUGUCGCCCACCCCGGCUCCGCGCAGCCCCACAGACCCUGUGCCCCAGGCCCCGGCCGUGUGGAUUGAAACUACAGCCUACGGCCUGCUGCACCUGCUACUCCGGGAGGGCAGGGCAGAGAUGGCUGACCAGGCUGCAGCCUGGCUCACCCGCCAGGGCAGCUUCCGAGGGGGAUUCCGCAGCACCCAGGACACGGUGAUUGGCCUGGAUGCACUGUCUGCAUACUGGAUCGCUUCCCACACCACUGAGGGGAGGGAGCUCAACGUGACCCUCAGCUCCAUGGGCCGCAGUGGGUUCAAGUCCCACGUGCUGCAUCUGAACAGCCACCAGGUUCCAGGGGUAGAGGAGGAGCUGCAGUUUUACGUGAGCAGCAAGAUUAACGUGAAGGUGGGAGGAAACAGCAAAGGAACUUUGAAGGUCCUUCGCACCUACAAUGUCCUGGACAUGAAGAACACGACCUGCCAGGAUCUUCAGAUUGAGGUGACGGUCAUGGGCCAUGUUGAGUACACAAUGGCAGCCAGCGAGGACUACGAGGAGGACUAUGGGGAUGAGGAGUACUCCGAGAGCCUGGGUCCCGCUGGCGACGACCCGGGGGCCCUUUCCCAGCCCGUGACACCCCUGCAGGUGUUUGAGGGGCGGAGGAGCCGCCGCAGACGGGAGGCACCCAAGGUGGCCGAUGAGCAGGAGUCCAGGGUGCAGUACACCGUGUGCAUCUGGCGGAACGGCAAGGUGGGGCUGUCAGGCAUGGCCAUUGCGGACAUCACCCUCCUGAGUGGUUUCCACGCCCUGCGAGCUGACCUGGAAAAGCUGACUUCCCUCUCUGACCGUUAUGUGAGUCACUUUGAGACCGAGGGGCCCCACGUCCUGCUGUACUUCGACUCGGUCCCCACCUCUCGGGAGUGCGUGGGCUUUGGAGCUGUGCAGGAGGUGGCCGUGGGGCUGGUUCAGCCGGCCAGCGCGGCCCUGUACGACUACUACAACCCUGAGCGCAAGUGUUCUGUGUUUUACGGAGCACCGACUAAGAGCAAACUCUUGUCCACAUUGUGCUCCGCUGAUGUCUGCCAGUGUGCCGAGGGGAAGUGCCCGAGGCAGCGGCGCGCCCUGGAGCGCGGGCAGAUGGAGGAGGAUGGCUACCGGAUGCGGUUCGCCUGCUACUACCCCCGAGUGGACUACGGCUUCCAGGUGAAGGUUCUCAGAGAAGAUUCCAGAGCUGCUUUCCGCCUCUUCGAGACCAGUGUCACCCAAGUCCUGCACUUCUCCAAAGACACCAAAGCCACUGCUGGUCAGACCCGAAACUUUCUGGUUCGAGCCUCUUGCCGCCUUCGCUUGGAACCUGGAAAAGAAUAUUUGAUCAUGGGUCUGGAUGGGGCCACCCAUGACCUCAACGGACAACCCCAGUACCUGCUGGACUCGAACAGCUGGAUUGAGGAGAUGCCCUCUGAACGCUUGUGCCGGAGCACCCGCCAGCGGGCAGCCUGUGCCCAGCUCCGCAGCUUCCUGCAGGAGUAUGGCACCCAGGGGUGCCAGGUUUGAGGGCUGCUCUCUCCUUCCCCCAGGAGGAGCCUGGAUAGGUGAUGCCUGGAUAAGCCUCAAGGCAGGGCCAGAGACUCAAUAAAGACCUUUUAACA